AAGUAUAAUCAUUUAAAAACCCAAGUAAUUUUUUUUGGCCCGUAACCAGUCGUCCCGUCCCCUCAACGGGCAACAGCACCGUGAACUCGUCAGGCCAUGAGCCGCGAAAUACUGUCCUGAGCAAAACUCAGACAGCAAAAAAUCGUUUUACGACGAUAUUCAGGUCCUUAUGCCCACAAACAUGGCCGUUAGAUCAAUUUUUAACGCUCCAGAUCUCAGAAGAGAGUUUGAGGAAGCAGGCGUUAGCCUUCACUUUAUCCCUUUCAUUUGGAAGUAUGUCAUUAAGAACCCUAAUUGUGAAUGGAAUGAAAUACCCGAUUUGCCCUCAGCUGUAUAUCCACUCUUGCAAUCAAAGUUCAAAAUUUUCACUUCAACUCUUCACUCUGUCAUUGAAUCAAAUGAUGGGGUCACUACGAAACUUCUUAUCAAGCUUCAGAAUGGAGCAUUCGUGGAGGCUGUCAUUAUGAGGUAUGAUACUCGUUUGGGAAAAUAUGGUGGCAAAGCUCGUCCUGGUGGUCCAAGGUCGACAUUGUGCAUUUCAUCCCAGGUUGGUUGUAAAAUGGGAUGCAAGUUUUGUGCAACUGGAAGCAUGGGAUUUAAAAGCAACCUGUCAUCAGGAGAAAUUGUUGAACAAUUAGUUCAUGCUUCUUAUUUGUCCCAAAUAAGGAAUGUUGUUUUCAUGGGAAUGGGAGAACCAUUAAAUAAUUAUGCUGCAUUGGUUGAAGCAAUUCGUGUUAUGCUGGGAUCUCCAUUUCAGCUGUCACCAAAGAGAAUUACUGUGUCAACGGUUGGGGUCAUCCAUGCCAUUAACAAGCUUCAUAGAGAUCUUCCUGGUCUGAACUUGGCUGUAUCGCUGCAUGCCCCAGUUCACGAUAUUCGCUGUCAUAUAAUGCCUGCAGCUCGGGCUUUUCCCUUAGAAAAACUUAUGGAUACUCUGCAAGUGUAUCAAAAAAAUAGUCAGCAAAGAAUUUUUAUUGAGUACAUAAUGCUUGAUGGAGUAAAUGAUGAAGAGCAACAUGCCAAUCAGCUUGGCAAAUUGCUAGAGACAUUUGAAGUGGUUGUGAAUUUGAUACCUUUCAAUCCAAUUGGUAGUUUGAGUAAAUUCAGAACCAGUAGCGAGGAGAAAGUAUCGAGAUUCCAGACUAUUCUUAGAGGUGUCUAUAAUAUUCGAACAACUGUUCGCAAAGAAAUGGGUCAGGACAUAAGUGGUGCCUGUGGUCAGCUUGUGGUGAACUUACCUGAUAGGAGGUCUGCCAAGGGAAUCGAUGUACUAACUGACAUUGAAGACCUUCAUCUUUGAUGUACUGUAAACUAGUUCAGUUCUGAAUUAAUGGAGAUUCUCUCUUUUUUUUUUUUAAUAUUUAUUUUACUUACAGAAGGCGGUGAUGUAGCUGUAAUUUUUUCCAGUUCAAUGUUGAGGUGUUUCGUGAAUUUUUCAGGUUCC